GAGGUUUGUGUUGGUGUUUGUCGUUGUUCUGCUCCCGACAGACAGCAACUUAGGGAUAACUACUGUACUAGUAGUUUGCCAAAUACUUCUACUAGCGAUAGAUAGCAAGCAGACUCGAGAUUGGUAAACCCCAUAGCGUCUAGAACUUUGACAAUACAACGAACGAAGAAAAAGGCGGACCAAGAUGGCAACUAGCAAAUUCCAAAAGGGGCCGGACCUGAAGCGAUUCAUGGUGCGUUGUGUUUUCCGUAUUGGUGAUUAUACGACGAUAGACAAUCAAUAGGAAUUGAGCAUCGUGGAAGACCUGGUCAUGUCAUUCCGAUUCAUCCAUGAACGACGCUACGAAUGGAAUUGUACUGUUCCCCAGUUCGCUCGCACUUUUGCACAAAUGCCGUGACUAACUAACCAACAAUUCCUCUCUUCAUGCAUUGCAUUUCUUCCUUGAACUCGGCCCCUACUUUUUUCUCUCCAUUGAACGGGAAAACAAUCUAUUUUAAUGUGUUGUUUCAUCGAACAGGACAAACGACUGAAACUUUCGCUGAAUGGGAACCGGAAAAUAGUCGGAACUCUGCGGGGUUACGACGCCUUUCUGAACGUAGUGAUCGAAGACGCGGAAGGCGACGGAGGAGCAUACUUGGGACAAUUGGUCAUUCGGGGUAACAGCAUCGUGCAGUUUGAAGCGCUGGAACGAGUCAAUUAAUGAAAAGCUUGGAUAAUUUAGUAAUGAAACGAAACAAAAGAGACAUUCGUAUUGAUUAUGAGAGAAAUGAGUUACUAUCUUCGAUUACAAAUUGGGAAAAAAUGAACUUUGACGAGGWCGUUCCAAAGGAAGCCAAGAAUUUUUAAUCCAAUAUUCGAGCCGUAAACCCCACCAAGUCUGCAUACUAAAACGUUGUCUUUGUUUCGAAGCUUGCCCGCUAUGGCCUCAAGUCGAUCGCAAUAAAAACCAGUUUCUUGCAAUGCAAUGCAAUUCAAUGCAAUUAACGAACAGCAGCUAGGUUGAGAUUUUGUGCUCUGCAUAGCACUUGUCGGUUGCUUAGAGACAGAGCGAUUCCCAUGGCAAGUGUACGUAUGAGUUGUAGAACUUUGUUCCGAGAGCUUUUCUCUUUCAAGCAUAUUGCAUUCGUUCAAUCGUCCGUGCCUUUGGUCCUAUGUGUGGUUUCAGAAAGUUUCCAUUGAAGCGAGAUGCCGMUCGCCACACACAGCAAAGGUUGA